UAGGGCAUAAGGUUUAACUUACACAAACCUUGUUCUGAUGUGCCUCGAGCUAACUGUUACCUGAAUAAAGUUGAGGCAAAGUCCAUGUUUCUUGGAAAUACUGAAUUGAAUUUGACUCGAGACCUAUUGUCUUCGCAGAUUACAUUUUAGUUAUUUUGAUUUGUUGGCCGUAAAGCUACAGUGACAUUUAAGUUCAACAGUAUUGAAAAAUACUUCAGAUAGGAGCUUUUCUCAAGACGGCAUCUACAAACUCUCUCAGGUCCGCCAGUCACCAGCACGCGCGCGCGCGCACCACAGCUGUUGCCAUGUUCGCUUAUUAUAAACAACUGAAAAUAGUUAUGUAUUAUUUAAAAUUUAAAUGUACUAUUUAAAUAUAAUAUCUGUUAUUUAAUAAAAUACGAAUCGUGGAAGUUUGUAAUUUAGCUGUUUUUAAUCCAGACUGUAUUUAAUCUAUAUAUUUAUGUCUUGAUAAAUGAAAUUACGGAGGUAGCUAUGCAGUGACUUCCCCAUAAUUAAUAAAUAACUACUAAACCUUUAGAAAUGAAAAACAGUGCUCGGCAAUUUCGGUUAGGCUUGUUUGAUCAGAAUCGGUUGUUUGUUUCUCCUGGGAUCUGGCAACAGUGCUUCCGGCGCGCGAGUCAAAGCGCCAGACUUCGCAGAGCAGCAGAGAAACGGAGAGCGCGAGCGGCACGCGUUGUGUCCAUGGACUACAGGAAUAUCUCGUUUCUUGUCCCCAACGUUUCUGCAUUUGUUGCAGUAGACUUUUAUCGAUUACUGCCACUUACAAUGCCCUAAACGGGUUUUGUUUCUUGUUUUCUUGUCGGACUGUAAUUAAUUGGGUAAGUAAGUGCUGGUGGACAUCCUCACUGUUGUUUCAGGACUGGAACAUCAUAUUUGCGUGAAUAAUUUGGAUAUUAGAUGAGCGAAAAGUUCUGGACCUCUCAUUUUGGACACCAGAUGCGUGUUCUUCACCAGCGUUAAAAGUACGACCUAUCUUUGACACCUUUGUGCAUUGAAAUAUUGAACUAUUUCUACCGAGUGGAUGUUAAUUUUCUCAACGGGAGUAAAAAUACAACUCCGAGUCACUGACAGAAAUGCUAAUGCUGCGGUUGAUGGAGAAAUAUUUCUAAAAAAUCACCCGCAGUGGACCUGGCGCCCCGCAUCAGUCUGCGUGCGCUUCGAAACAUUUAACUUCACCCCAUGUACAAUCAUAAUAUUGUUUGAAAUCCAUCCCAAAUCAGAUUCAUACAUUAACCAUAUGGCUUUGCCUUCUCAAAUUUGAAAAUUACUUGGGACUUUCAGUUGAGGUCAUUGACUCCUUUGAAUGGAACAAAGGAGGUUGAUGUUUCUGAAUCUGCUUUCUUUUACAAACAUUCAGAGAUUUGUUCUCCGAGACUUUCUGAUGUGGAUGUUGCGGUCACACCAUCUCCUCAAGAGCAGAGGGAUCUAGUGAAGUUCAACCCUCCGCCAGUCUUUUGUCUCUAUUAGGUCCCAGGCAUUUGUCUUGAGGAACAUGGGAGUCCAGACGAGGGGAGCCUGGGUGGCUAUGGGGUUCUCGGACUGGGUCAGUGGAUUGGGAAUUCUCUUAAUCUUCCUGAUGGAGAGUUUAGCAGUGGAUGCGACCAACAUGGAGCCAGUAUACUGGAACUCUCUGAACAGAAGGUUUGGAGAUGAGAGGGGCUACAUACUCUACCCUCAAAUAGGGGAUCGUUUGGACCUCGUUUGCCCUGCCAUGAGUCCAUCAGGGCCGAACUCUCCUCCUGAGUAUGAGUUUUAUAAACUCUACCUGGUGUCCUCACGAGAGCAGGCCGACAGGUGUGAGGUGAUGGGCGCCCCGAACCUGUUGCUCACCUGUGACAAACCCAACAGCGAUAUGAGGUUUACCAUCAAGUUCCAGGAGUAUUCGCCCAACCUAUGGGGUCAUGAAUUCAAGAACUUACGAGACUAUUACAUCAUAGCUACCUCUGACGGUACAAAAGAAGGGAUCGACAGCAUGAGAGGAGGCGUUUGUGUGACGCGAGGGAUGAAGCUGGUUCUCAAAGUAGGACAGACCGCAUAUGGCCUUCCCCCAAAACCCAAACCUGAUCCAGGCCGUCCCAGCAACAGAAUCCCAGAUACAGAUAGUAGCUCUAAAGCAGGUGAAGGAAGUGAGGCCGGUGAGAGGGGAGACAGUGGCGCCGUGUCCGUCUCUAACAUCGCCCUAAUCGCCGGUGGUGCCGGGGGAGCCUUCAUCCUCCUGAUCGCUGUAGUGAUCGCUGUUGUGUGUUACCGGCGACGGAAAGCCAAGCACUCUGAAACUCACCAUCCUGCCCUUACACUCUCCUCUCUUUCCCCAAAGAGAGGCAGCUCCUGCGGGGCAGCUACGGGGACCGUCGGGGGCAACAAUAAUGGCUCAGAGCCCAGUGAUAUCAUCAUUCCCCUGCGGACCGCUGACUCGGCGUACUGCCCCCAUUACGAAAAAGUCAGCGGCGAUUACGGACACCCCGUCUACAUCGUUCAAGAGAUGCCUCCUCAGAGUCCAGCCAACAUUUACUACAAAGUAUGAGAUCUGCGAACAUGCAGACAACCAAUACAGAAUUUAUGGUACCUGUGUGUCCAGUUGACUCUAUAUUUAAGAGCCUAUACGUGAUACUAGAACUUGGAUGUUAAGUAAAGUUCUAGGAAAGUGGUAAAUCCAGCUUUUAUGUCAUAGCAGCGUGUUUGCAUUUAUUUACAAGUGUGUUUGUGUGGCUGAGGCGGUAGGAUCAUGGAUUUCACAUGUACUCAGGUGCAAGUGAAUGUACGUCACACGCUUUUUGGAGAUGAGUUUAUCCGUCCAUUCUGAUGGUUUAAACUGAGUUAUUGUGCUUAUCCUCAAAACCAAACAGUAUAGAGUGAUUCAUAAAAAAGAAUACCUGUAUGUAUAAUAUACUUACAUUUUUACCCUCUGGAGGGAAAUUCACUAAGAACGUGCACUGGCUGAUUGCAACGUUUAUUUUGCACAUUCAUUGUUUUGAUGGUCCAUUCACUGACUAACAAUAAAAAUGCAUCAAAACACCAUCUCCACGCUACAUUUCGCCAGCUGCAGACUGGCGCAAUCUGGCGUACUUUACUGGGACUGUACAGUAUCGCUAAGAUCCAGAAAACUGACUGAAUCUUUAAAAUGUCAAAACCGGGUUUGACUAGAUGUUUCCAUUUCAAAAGCUUGUUUCAUUUUUUUGAUCAUCAUUUCAUGAAUUAACACUGCCAUUGUCACUAGACAUGUUACACAAUCAUAUUUUUUAAAUAUUAUCUCAAUUGUGUCUUUUUAGGCGGUUUUGAAUACUGGAUGUCUUUUGACGGGAUCUGAUGAAGACACCGAAUUCAGUAUUUCUUGCGCUUUGGAACAAUCCAAAAAAAAAAAUGAUGUAGUUAGCAGAAUCAAGCUUUUUUUUGGCUUAGUUGGAUCUAUUAUACAAUGUUGAUGCAUUCUAAAAUAAGGCUAAUUUGCGUAGAAAGGAGGCAUGUUCGCGCGUAAAAUGAAAACUAUUAUUUGAUAAUCCAAGUUUAUAUGCUAUUCCAUCGCAAAAAGCACUUGUUAAACUGGAUUGUGUGUGGCUAGCGAAUAAGACGCCAACUGUACCGGGCGUAAAAGUAGUGCAACUGUUUAGUGAAUUCGCCCCUCUGUUCAUCUGACUGUAAAUGUUUGUCUUUCCUGAACUCAGACCUCCAUCUGAUUUAUUUAUUAAGUAUCAAAGAAACCGUUUUUCAUUCCUUCCACUUCAUCAGCUUCCUAUUGCAACUCCUCAGCACCCGAUUGUUUGUUUUUGAGGUUUUUUAAACAUAUUUAUGUGAGCAGCAGGAAUCACAUGUGGAGGAGUUGUAGAUGGAUGAUCGUCUGUUUCAGAUGGAGACUCUUCUGAGAUUUCCAAGAGGUUGGAGGUCAAAGUUGAGCGGUCAAAGAAAAACCCCUCAGCGGUGCGCGGGAGUCCUUCACUCAACUUGAUAUGAGGGGUUCUCGCUCUCUUUCUCUGGCCUUUUGAAGUACUGAGUACACCAUGAUAAACUGCUCACCCUAGACACACAAUGCCAAACUUAUACACACUUAACACACACAUCCACAUUACAGCAGUUUGUGUUUUCAUGUGUUAACCCCCGCAGAUGGACUCCAGCUGUGUAUUGGUAUGUUGCUCAGAGCAUUGUGGUUCAGGCCAAAGACAGUAGGACUAAGAAAGCCAGUGCGACUGUGCAUCUCAAGAAACUCAGUCACAAACUCUCCACAUCCUCUCGAGUGAUACAUAUAUCCGUUGCUUGGUUACAAUCUCGUCUCGACUCUCAUUAUCACAUUUCGGGGGCGAUGUCUCCAAACCAUCUCUGACAUUAUCACCUCUGUGCUAGCUUGAGGCUUCAGGUCCACAGUUCACCCGAGUUCUUUCACUGGAUGAAACGUGACAUCAUCGUGAGAUGUAAGAAGAGACCGUCUGUUACCGGCCGGAGUGACCUGAGCUUUCCGGUUCAGACUUCUCUCUGUCCACGUUGAUUUAAGGAUUUCUUGCCGUCAUUACCACAAAUGACUAACAAUCAGAAAUGGCGCCUUUAUCAUUUUACUUAUUUCUGUUAAUGUAUUUUUUAUGCUUUUGUUCUUCCCAUUUAAUUACUUUCGACAGUUUUGAGCAAAUGAGAGUAAUCUAAACGAAGGAAAACAAAUGCAGUUUUAUCUAACCUACCCUGCUUGUGUCCGUGGUAACCCUCAGUGGAAACCUACAUUGGGAAUUGUAAUUGUAAUUAUCAAAUUCUGAUUCCCCUUAACUGCUCCAUUGACUAUUCUUUCAGGACUUCUGAAUAAAGACAUUUGGAGAGGGGGUGGGAUAAGAGAUGUGAUUUUUAUGGCUUUUACAGUCCUUAUCAGUCUGUUGCCAAAUAAUGGACUUUUCACAGAGCAUUUAAUGGUGACAUAAAUUCAAUCCAAUUAGUCCUAACUGUGUAUUAAAUAAAAAAACUAAACAUGUCAACAAAAACAAGUUAUAAGAUUUUCUAUUUUCAUAUUUUUUACAUCAUUAAUUUGUUUUUUAUAAAAUACCGCCAAUUACAAAAAACUAUGAGUAUCUUUAUCUGGACAUUGUCAUAUGAAUAUUGAGUCAGCAACCACACUAAGGUGUCACAAGCCUUAAGAUGAAAAUAUCACAAAUAAAAAAAAUUUAAGGAAGUGAGUCAUUUGUUUGGGAAUCAGACUACACUGGUCAUCCUGUAUUUGUUUAAAUCACUUAAGGCAUAAAAUCUAUUAAAAACAUUGAUUUUUAUUAGCAUAACUUGAUUAUGCUUUGUUUUUGACUUAUGUCUGCGAAAUAAUUAAUACUUGUUAAUUCUGAAUUGAAAGGAUAUUUUUUUCACUGCAUAUAUUUUCCAGAUUUUCAACCAUUUACAAUUUCUGCGUCCGAAAUCGCAUACUCUCUUGAGAGGGUACUUCUUUUGAAUGAGUAAUUACUUUACGACUGCUGAAAAAGUGUGUUCUAUAUAGUAUGAAUGUCAUCUGCGCUACAAACAUCAAAGUUGCGUUGCUUCACUGCCAUUCAAAAAUCCGAAAGUAGUUGGUCAUCUUGGCACUUUUUCCCUACUGUUUUAUGAGUACUGUGACUUUGGACACACUUCCUUUGUCCCAUACUCUUUUUUUUCACCUAUAUAGUAGGAAAAUAUGCAAUUUCGGAUGCAGCCAGAGACUGUUGUGUCAUUAUUUGAAUGAGUUUUUAUACUGUGGUAUUUAAGAGAGAUGCAUUUCUAAACUGCUGCCCCUGCAGGCCUGGAAGAACCAUUAGCAGGCUUUUCCCAACCUUUUUCAUACUUUAUUUUGGGGUUUUUUCUUUGUAAAUGUUUAAUUUCUUCUUCACACCAGAAUCAUGUGAUAUAUACUGCUGCCUAAAUUUUUAAAGAUGUAAAGCACUUCCUCAGCUAGCUAGGCUAUGGGUUAGGCCAGAUUAUUAUUUUAUUUUUUUAUUUUUCUUUGUCCAGCUUCUCUGUUUGCUAGGCAAAGCCGUCUGGCCUGGUUAAUGUUAACCUAAGCCACCCAAAGCGCUUCAAUACCUACCAAAAAAUUCCAAUAGUGACCACACAAUGACACCAAACCCUGUUUUAGCAUUUAACAUUUGACGUUGUCAUUCGGUACUGGGUGUUACACUUUUAUUUUAUUUUAUUUGUCAGCUGACCUAAUAUCAUAAUUUGAGAUGCCUUGAUACUGAGUUGUGAUAAAGACUGUUUCUAACUAACUCAACAGUAUUUCUAUAAACAAAUGCUGAUUUCAAGAGGACUUUUUCAGUAAAAAAAAAAAAAAAAAAGUCCAGUUGUACUGGACAGGACUUGAUGUUCGGACUCAGAUGUUAAGAUGUUAUAAAAACACUGAGGCAAUGUUAAAUAAAUGUUAAUAUGUUUAAAAAGAU